CGAAACACAGCUCGUCGGACCUGCACGUGGUCCCGGCCGCCCCAAAUGGCCACCUUCAAGCUCAUCGGUAGGGUCGGCCUCCUCAAGAUCUCGAGCCCUCCCGUCAACGCGCUCGGCCUCGCGGUGCGCAAGGGCAUCGUGGACGGCAUCGCACAGGCGGAGAAGGCCGGCGCAAAGGCGCUCGUCCUCGCGGGCGACGGCGUCACCUUCCCUGCCGGCGCCGACAUCGCCGAGUUCGCCACCGGCGGCCACCGGACCCAGCCGACGCUCGGCGAGGUGAUCGAGCGGCUCGACAAGGCCUCGAUGCCGACCGUCGCCGCGAUGCACGGCACCGCGCUCGGCGGCGGGCUGGAGGUCGCGCUCGCCUGCCACUGGCGCGUCAUGUCCAAGGCGGCAAAGUGCGGGCUCCCCGAGGUCCACCUGGGGCUGCUCCCCGGGGCGGGCGGCACGCAGCGGCUUCCGCGCCUCAUCGGCUGCGCGCCCGCAAUCAAGAUCAUGACGAGCGGCGCUCCGCUCGGCGCCGCAGAGGCGGCCAAGCUCGGCCUCGCGGACGAGGUGGUGGCGGCGGUGGACGGAGAAGGGGUGGCCGAGGCCGCGGUCGGGUUCGCCGAGGCGCUGGCCGACGGCGUCGACCCCUCCCGCGUCGUGUCGGCGCGGCCCCUCGAGGUCGAAGGCGGCGUAGAAGCCUUCUUUGGCGCCGCGAGAGAAGGCGCGCGCAAGGCGGCCAAGGGGGAGCUCGCGCCGCUGCUCAUCGUCGACGCGGUGCGGGCGGCCGCCGAGGCGCCCUCCUUUGAGGCGGGCCUCUCGCGUGAGAGCGAGCUCUUCGCACAGCUCGCCGCCGGUCCAGAGGCGCGCGCGCUGCAGCACGUCUUCUUCGCCGAGCGGCAAAUCUCAAAGGUGGUUGGUGUGGACGCGCCGCCGCGCCCAAUCGAGUCGGCGGCCGUCAUCGGCGCGGGCACGAUGGGCGGCGGGAUCGCGAUGUGCUUCGCCAACAAGGGUAUCCCCGUCACGCUAGUCGACAAGUCGCCCGAGGCGCUCGAGACACGCAUCGGCGGGAUCCGCGCGGCGUACGAGGCGAACGUCGCGAAGGGCAAGCUGAGCGAGGACAAGCUUGGCGCGCGGAUGCGGUGCAUCUCCACGGCCACCUCGCUCGACGACCCCGCCUGCUCCACGGCGGACCUGUACGUCGAGGCGGUCUUUGAGCGGCUCGAGCUGAAGAAGGCCAUCUUCAAGGAGCUGGACGCGAUCGCCAAGCCGGGCGCGCUGCUCUGCACAAACACGUCGACGCUCGACAUCGACAAGAUCGCUUCGGCCACCUCGCGGCCGCAGGACGUGUGCGGCACGCACUUCUUCUCGCCCGCCAAUAUCAUGCCGCUGCUCGAGAACGUGCGCGGGUCUGCGUCCUCGGGCGAGACGCUCGCCACGGUGAUGGCGAUGGGCAAGAAGCUCGGCAAGAAGGCGGUGCUUGCGGGCAACUGCUUCGGCUUCAUCGGCAACCGCAUGAUCGAGGGCUACUGCCGCGAGUCCUACUUCCUGCUCGAGGAGGGCUGCGUGCCGCGCGACGUCGACGCGCCCGUGCGCGCGCUCGGCCUCGCCAUGGGGCCGUUGCAGAUGCAGGACCUCGCGGGUAUCGACAUCGGGUACAACAUACGCAAGGACCAGCCAGACCUGUACGGGCCCGCGGACCGCUACCCGCUGCUCGCAGACCGGAUCGCAGAGGCGGGGCGGCUCGGCCAGAAGACCAAGGCGGGCUGGUACGACUACGCGGCCGGCCGCAACCCGGUCGACGACCCGUGGGUGGCCGACUUCAUCGAGAAGUUCUCGGCGGAGCAGGGCGUGACGCGGCGCGCCAUCUCGGCCGAGGAGGUGCUCGACCGCUGCAUGCUGCCGAUGGUGAACGAAGGCUUCAAGUGCCUCGAGGAGGGGAUCGCGCAGCGCGAGUCGGACAUCGACAUCGUCUUCCUGUACGGCUACGGCUUCCCGCGCCGCCUCGGCGGGCCGAUGCACUGGGCGAGGCACAUCCGCGAGGGAGGCUUGCCCAAGCUUGCGGCCGACCUGCAGAGGUACGGCGCCGAGCACCCGAACGGCACGUACUGGACGCCGUCGGCGCUGCUGCUCGAGGAGGCCGCGGUGGCGGCCGAGGCCGAGGCCGCGCCGGAGCCUGCGGCGGCGACGGCGUAGGAGGGGGCGGCUGAGUCGUGCGUAGGGUUGAAAGGGGCCCGGAUUAGGGAGGAUGUGGGUGCGGAAGUGGGCGGCGGGUGUUUCGACCCUCCGAGGCGGGGAGGCCACAGGCGGCGAGCUAGCCUGUCUCUUUUGAGCAACGACCGAGGCGGCGCUGUCGUCGAUCGCGCUUUAUGUGCUGGUUUGCUUGAGAGUGUUUGACGUGCGUUUGUCUAUGUGUGUGCGCGCUGCGCCGCUCUCCUAUUAUUUUAUUACGUGCAUAAAAAUAAUUUCGAACGC